CACGAGGUCGCCGACGACAUGGAGGACCGUGUAGCUCCCCGGAUCCUCCGGGGCAUCGGUGUCGCCGUAGCCUCUCAGGUCGGGGGCCACGGCGCGGUAACCGAGGGAAGCCACGGCGGCCAUCUGGCGCCGCCAGCUGUACCAGAGCUCCGGGAAUCCGUGGAGGAAGAGGAUCACGGCGCCGUCGGUGGGGCCGGACUCCGCCACGUGGACGUUUAUGCCGUUCAGGCUCUGGUUGCUGUGGCGUAUUCCGUCCAUGUCAGGCCGGGCUUUCGUUUCUGAGGAAAAGCUAGCUUUUUAGAGCUCUGUUUGGAAGCUGACAAACACUUACUACCGCUGUACUUUUGCCCACCUUCCUCUUCUCAACAAAUUAUAGCUACCAGCGACGCAG